AAUAAAUCUCGCCUCCCUGAUCUUUGGUACAUAAAGUAAUAUAAGGACUAAAGAGGACUGGCAGCCACUAACAAAAUCAUAGCAUGGCAAUGGAGACAAGAGAGUUUCUGAGGGGUAAAACCAUUCUCAUAGUUGGCGCGACUGGCUUUCUUGGCAAAGUUUUUCUGGAGAAGAUCUUGCGAGAGCAACCAGAUGUGAGAUGUAUUUUUACACUCAUAAGGUCAAAAAAUGUGGAGUCCGCUCAAGCUAAACUCCAAAGCCAGGUGAUAUCCAAACAGUUGUUUGGGCUUCUUCGAGAGCGUUACAAGGAAAGCUAUCAAGAAUUCAUGGCAACAAAAAUUGUUCCUGUUGUUGGAGACGUGGCACUCAAUGAUCUCGGCAUAGAAGAAAGUUUAAGGGACGAACUCUGUGCAAAAGUCGAUAUUGUUGUCAAUUCUGCGGCCACCACGACGUUUAAUGAGAGGUACGAUAUUUCCAUGAAAGUGAAUGCAUUGGGAAGUAAGAAUGUCAUCGACUUUUGUAAACGUUGCUGCAACCUUCAACUUCUCUGCCACAUUUCCACAGCUUAUGUCAAUGUUGGGAGCAUGGGCACGGUCAGAGAAGAAGUUGUGAGGACGGGAGAAAGGGUUUCAUACAGCGGUGGAGAAAUAUCACUCUCUCAGAUAGAGUCCGAAUGCAAUUUAAUAAAGGAGACCAUAGAAGAGUUCAAGACUGUUUUAGGUGAAUCAUGGUCAUAUGAUAAGGAGUCCAAAUAUAUGAAGGAAUUUGGGGCACAAAGGGCGAUGAAGUUUGGAUGGCCAAAUGCUUAUGUUUUCACAAAAGCAGUUGGAGAGUUGAUGGUGGAUUAUUUCAGGGAAGAUAUACCAACUGUUAUCAUUCGUCCAACAAUAAUCGAGAGCAGCUUAAAAGAGCCAUUUCCGGGAUGGAUCGAAGGCAUCAGGAUGAUGGACCCAAUACUAAUUGGAUAUGGAAAAGGACGACUCUCGUUCUUCCUGGCUGAUCCACAUCUAAUACUGGAUGUGAUUCCGGUGGACAUGGUAGCAAAUUGCAUGAUAGCAUCAAUUGCGAGGAAUUCUUCACAGUGUGGUCUACACAUCUAUCACGUAGGUUCCUCCCAUGCAAAUCCAUUAAAGGACACUACGAGUCGGGAUUAUUGGUAUAACUACUUUUCAGCACAUCCAUGCACAUCUGAGAAUGGAAGCAUUGUAAGAGUGAAGAAACUACGGUAUCUAGAAAGCAUGGCCGACUUCAAAUUCUACAUGACUCUUUAUUAUCUAAUUCCUUUCCAGAUACUCUAUGUUGUGGAUAAGAUUCUGCUGGGCCGCUUCAAGCUGCAACCGCUCUACACUUUUCUACUUGAGAAGUAUAGAUUUGCAGUGAAGCUCGCCCACAUCUAUGAACCCUUUCUUUUCUUCAAGGGAAGGUUCAAUACCUCAAAUACUCAAGAUUUGUGGAACAAAAUUUCGGUGAGAGAUCAGGAGAUUUUUAACUUCGAUGUUAAGAGCAUAGAUUGGAAACACUAUUUCCUCGAGUGUCAUAUUCCUGGGCUUCUCACUUAUGUUAUAGGAGGUUCAAAAUAGGACUUUUCUUUUCUAUAAUUGUAUUAACCUGCUAUGGCAUGUUAAUAAAAAUAAUGUUAUAAUAAGUUGUAAUGUUAGAAUAUUUUAUGUUUACUUUUUAUAAGUUGAACAAGGUAGUUGAUAAUAACUACCUAAUGUAAUAAAUGGUAAGAAUUUGCGUGAGAUUUAAAUGUUAUUAUUUUUUUAAUAUUCAAUUGAUUUUUUAGUAUUUAUAUAG